ACUGGUGAGCGGCCGCCUGCCAGACAGACAGCUACAGCCAGCUCGCGGCAUGUGGACCUGGACGAGGGGGUGCGUCCGUUUGACCAGCGUCGAUAUCAGCGGAGCCAGCGGACAGUCGGGGACCAGUCUUCGGGGGGCAGCGUCGUGAGCGGGGAGAAUGAGAAUAGUGGAUAUCGUCUCUACUUGUAGGUACAGCGCAGCACAAGAAGGGAAGUCACCCCGAAAGGUGAGCAGCGACGACGGGUUGCUACUACUGAGCAUUUUGACAUGAAGAAGGACAUAGACACAUUGAUAGCAGAGGAACGCACUGACAUCAUCUCUAAAUAUGACAAGGGCAGACCGGAGGGUAUCAACAUUGACCCAUGGGAGGAUGCUGACUACAGCAUCUAUAAGGUCACUGACCGCUUCGGCUUCCUGCAUGAGGAAGAGCUGCCGACACCCAGUGCGCUUGAAGAGAAGCAAAAGCAUCAGGAGAUAGAGCGCGUGGAGAAAUGGCUGAAGAUGGUGAAGAAGUGGGACAAGUACAAGAACAGUGAAAAGUUGGUGAAGCGUGUGUAUAAAGGCAUCCCUCUGCAGCUGAGAGGACAGGCCUGGGCCUUGCUUUUGGACAUAGAGAAAGUCAAACAAGAUAACGUCGGAAAAUAUGAGAGAAUGAAGCUGCAGGCUCGUUAUUUCUCCGAAGAGAUCAAACAGAUAGACUUGGACGUCAACAGAACCUUCAGGAACCACAUCAUGUUUAUGGACCGCUUUGGAGUCAAGCAGCAGGCGCUGUUUCACGUACUAGCCGCGUACUCUGUCUACAACACGGAGGUGAGCUACUGCCAGGGGAUGAGUCAGAUCGCUGCCAUUUUGCUCAUGUACCUGAAUGAGGAAGAGGCCUUCUGGGCUCUGUCCCAGCUCCUCACCAACAUCAAGCAUGCCAUGCAUGGGUUCUUCAUCCCAGGAUUUCCCAAACUGCAUCGUUUCCAGGCCCACUAUGAGCUGAUCCUCUCCAAGAUGCUGCCAAAGCUGAAGAAACACCUGGACAAAGAGCAGAUGUCAACAGGAAUUUACACCACCAAAUGGUUUUUGCAGUGCUUCAUUGAUAGAACCCCGUUCACCCUUACCCUGCGUUUAUGGGACAUCUACAUGAUGGAGGGAGAGAAGACGCUAACUGCCAUGGCUUAUACAACCCUCAAGUUACACAAGAAGCGCUUGCAGAAGCUUCCAUUAGAGGACCUGAGGGAGUUUCUUCAGGAGCAGGUAGCUGUUUCUUUCUUCUUGCCUGAUGAUGUGGUGGUGGAACAGUUACAAGCUGCUAUGUCUGAACUCCGCAGUAAGAAAUUGGACCAACCGCCUCCAGGCAAGUCAGAAGAGCAGCCAAAGAAACCUCUGGGUCAAGAGAGACCAGUUCUGCCACUGCAUUCUGACUCUCCUCUGGAGGUCAAAGUAAAUAUGCAGCCCCCCAGCCAACCCAAUACAGAGGCCCAGCAAACAGAUAGCAUCACCCUACACCAGACCCCUUCUUCUGCGGAGCCCCAGGACUCGAGAACUCCUCCUCUGCCUUCAUCUGACCCGGUUGUAGUCCACACGCAAGGAACACCUUCUCCUUUGAGGCCUUGCAGAGCACCUCCAUUACCUCCAAAAGCACACAAACCCUGUGCUGAGGUCGGAUCGGACAGAGAUGUAAAUAAAUUGCUUCCAGAGGUUAGCCGGACCGAAGAUGUCGGAAAACAGGAGGGCCAGCCUGGACACCCUGAGACCCAGGAAGAGCCGGUGGAUUGGCCUCCCCCUUACUUCGAAGCUCUUGCUGUGCAGACUGUGGAGGAGUUCAUGGACCUUCCAGAUCUGCCACCUCCACCUUUCUUUUACACUGAGCAGAAUGACCAAAGGCGUCUGGAGAGUGAAUCACACCGCCUAGGGACUGGGACGGGCUCAGAGACCCAGCGGCGCUCUCCUUCUCCUCGCUCAGCCUCACCACUGGUCACUCAAAUGAAGCUAUCGCCAAAACCAUGUCCAAAACCACCCACGUCGCUUCAUCUUGCACAGAAAGAACCUCCUCCCUCAAAGCCUUCCUCUCACCGUGCCUUCACCACUUCCUCCUCUCCCAGACUUCCCCUUCCCCCUAAGCCAACCAAGUUCCCAGUCUCUCUCUGCGUCCCGGUGCCCACUGGAGACCGACGACCCUCCAACACCUCCCAGUAUGACAACCUUUCUGAGGCUGAUGAAGAAGACCGCUUCCUGGAGAGGCUGCUUGGCUCCACGCCUGAGGAGAUUCCAAUCAUGCCCAGCAAUGGCCGACACACCACUGGCCGAGAUUAUGACCCUGCUCUCUACCCUCUGCCUCCACCUCCUGUGUUCAUCCCUCCUUCGCCCUCUCCUAUCCCUCCCUCGCUGUGCGGUCUCUCCAGUUUGCCUCAGGAGCCAGAAUAUGAAGGAGAGGACAGCUGGGUGCAGGACUCAAUCAUCCCCCCUCCUCCAGCGAAUUUUGCUGACAGACUCACGCCCUUCCAGCGUAGUGCUGCCAGCUGUUCAGACACACACAGAGACACCUCACCCGGUUACUCUAAGCCUUUCUCUCGGGGCCCCAGGGACCAUUCUGCUUUCCCAGCCCCACUGUUGUACACCGGUUCUCCCCCAGGCCACUCCAGGCCCUCAGGACAGUCAGCAGUAGGAGUGCCCUUGGUCCAAUGCAGCCCAGACUUUUGCAGGAUGCCUCCAGGGGGUCAGCAACUGCCCAAAUCGGUGACCUUCUAAAGUUUCCACUUAUUUUUCCAAGUGUCACUGAGAAUGCCAAUAUGAAUCAAACUGUUAAGGCUUGACUAGUUUUCAAAGCCAUUUAAGAGGUGAAAGGCCGUGUGUGCUGUGUGUGUGUGUGUGUGGACGUGUGCUCUUUCAUUGAUGUACAGAUGCAUGUGAUGCUUGCACCUUUUUUUUUUUUUGGAAAGGGCAGUUACCUUUUCUAUGUAUCAAGCUUGUAUUUAAAACUGCUCUCUGCUACAUGUUUGCUGCACAAAAAGUGAGCGUAUUUACUGACCUGCUCUCGGUCCACCGUUAGUCAUCGCUAGUUCGUUUUAAUUUAGUUCCAACAGACGUGUCUUAACCUGGUCGCAGUGCACUGAGGCGACUAGCACCAGGGCUUCUGAGGAGGCAGACUAAGGGCAUCUUUGCUGAAGCACCCAGAGCCUGUACAGUUAUACAGCUUUUACGGUAAACUGUGAUACUUAACAGUAUAUCAAGCUGUAAUGGGUAACUGUUCAUACGACAGUUUCUUUACUGUAUCUUAAGGUAAAUACUUGAUAAAACCAGUUUGUACCAAUGCAGUUUGCAUGCUAAAGUUGUGACCACCAGCAACAGGAAAGACAUGGUACAAAAUGUCUCUGCUGUAAAUAAGGAACAUAGUUACAUUCACAUGAAGCCCGCUCAGUUCCUUUUAUUUCCCCCCCCUCCCCUCCCCGGUCCCCGCCGCAGUGGGUAUGUUGCUGCUCUUUUGUUUUAGAUUGACUUGGUUUCAGUAUCUGUUUGUCUUACACUUGAUUUCACAGCAAUAAUGUACUGUUGGAUGUAUAUAAACAUGAAUAUGUUGUGACUGUAAGACUUAACAGGAUUUCAUGAAUAUGACAUAUUGCCAGCACAGAGCUACAGUAAACAUGCUGAUCCCAAUAUUUAUAAAGAGCAGCUCCAUCUGGUGGUCAGAAGUGUUACAGAUUAACAGCAACUGACUUCAAGCUCUAAAAUAAAGUCCUUGUAUUUAAGCGCACGUCCAGUGACGAGGCUUUUGGGAAGACAAACGCUUCCAAUGACGCCUAUUUAUGAUUGUACAUAGUAAGCUAGACUUAAGAUUACAAGGACAGACCCUGUAUUACUGCUCUAUAUUGUCUCGGAGCAGGGAAAGAAAAAUUCAUAUGCACACGUAUUAUUUUAGUGACAAUUUAUUUAAAUUGCUUGGUGCAAAAGAUCUUGAGAAAUGGAAGUUUGAGCCAUAACUUGUACAAUGACCUAAUAGUCAAACAUGUUUAUAUUGUUACAUCAUAUACUGUGUCUAAACAUCGCUUUUGUCUUUUGCACUGACCUUUGUUAUUACCAAGAGGUUCCAGGUUAUUGGUUAGUAGUUUUAACAGAUGUUUGACGGUGUGUUCAUGAACUUUGGUCUUGCUGCUGCGAUUCUUACGCAAGAACUGGAACCUCGAGUAUUUAGUCAUGUGACCUUUUUAUGAAGCUGGUUGACAUCAGUGAUGCUGGGGCUCGGACCAAAGCUUAUGUACACUUAUGCAACUACUUCUGAGUUUUAUAAAGAGCUAAAUCGUU